GUAUAUGGUUGCUGUCGACGCAAUGAUCUCACACUCAGCCGGGAGAGUCUUCUUUACCUACCAGAAAGGGUGCUUGUCAAUUGACAGCAUUGCGAAUGUUAUCGAUAGCUUUGACCAUAUCCUUCGUUCUGUACUCAAUCUUACCCAGAACAGCACAAUUGCCGGUAUUGAAUUCUUCAAUCACUAUUCCUGCCAAAAACUUCGCCAAUGGAAUGCGACAUUGUCCGAAAGACCUGACAAAUGUGCACAUGAAUUAUUCGAACAGCAGGUAUUGAAGCGACCACAGGCACCUGCUAUAUGCUCUUGGGAUGGCAGUUUUACGUACUCAGAGCUCGAUCUGUUGUCAAAUCGCCUUGGGCGACGCUUGAAGGGCCUAGGCGUCAGGCCUGACACUUUUGUAGCACUAUGUUUUGAGAAGUCUGCUUGGGCUAUCAUAGCGCAAAUAGCUGUUCUGAAAGCCGGAGGAGCAUUUGCUUCUUUGGAUCCUACGCAUCCGGAGAGUCGGCUGAAGGACAUGGUUGACGACAUUGGUGCUCAGAUCAUCUUGUGCUCUACAAAGCACUACGGUAAAUCUUCCAGAAUCUGCAAUACGUCACUUGCUGUUUGCGAAGGCAUGAUCAGCGGGCUUUUGGAAUCGGGUCCUCCUGAGCCAGUUUCAACAGUCGAGAACGCAGCAUACGUUAUAUUUACUUCAGGAACAACCGGGAAGCCGAAGGUGACAGUGGUUGAGCAUGCUGGGCUUGCAUUAGGUGCCAGCGCGUUUGCUAAACCUUUAAAUAUAACCCCAGACACACGAAUGUUACAAUUUUCGAGCUUCACUUUUGACGUUAGCGUUUUGGAGACAAUUGUUGUUCUGAUGAUAGGUGGCUGUAUUUGCAUGCCCUCCGACACAGAGAGAUUGAAUGACUUGCCUGGAGCGGUUCGCAGGAUGGGAGCUACUAACACAUGCUGCACUCCAUCUAUAAUAAACUCUCUUGACCCUAAGAGUGUCCCUACUUUGAAGAUUCUAUCUUGCGCGGGAGAUAAAAUGAUGGAUAGUCAUAUCGACCGCUGGCUGGACAGAAUUGUCAUUAAUGCGUAUGGGCCUUCCGAAGCGACUAUAGUUGUCACUGCAAGCAAGAAGACCGAUGGAGAGGGAAGACGCAUCGAAAAAGAUAGCAGCUCCAUUGGUACUGCCAUAGCUGGCAGAACAUGGAUUGUAGACCCUCAAAACCAUCAUCGGCUUCUUCCUGUCGGCGCAGUGGGUGAGUUGGUAUUGGAAGGCUGCAAUGUGGCUCGUGGUUACCUCAACAAUGAACAAAAAACCAAAGAGGUUUUCAUUCGUGACCCUCAGUGGAUCCAACUUGACGGUCUUAAGGAUUUGUUCAAGUGCAGAGAGCGCAUGUAUCUGACUGGAGACCUAGUUCGAUACAGCCGCAACGGGACCAUUCAGUUUAUCUCCCGCAAGGACACACAAGUCAAGCUUAAUGGCCAGCGCAUUGAAGUGGAAGAAAUUGAGCAACAAUGCAUUUCUCACUUGCCAAGAGACACUCAAGUAGUCGUUGAAGUUGUCACCCCGAAGGAGAAGACCGUGGCUAGGUGUUUGGUAGCCUUUAUCACUGUGGAUGAGAAUGAUGAGAAUGAUAUCACGCAUAGAGAGAGCCCGACUUCAGAACUACUUCCAAUGACUGAGCUUCGUACGCAAAUGAUAAAAAGGCUUCAUGCGUGUCUAACUGAUUCGCUACCAUUAACCAUGGUGCCGAAGCUCUUUUUCCCGGUACGACGGCUACCUGUCUCGUCCAGCGGCAAACUCGACCGCAGUGCACUUCGAACUAUGAUCGAGUCGUUAUCAAAGGAGCAGUUCAAGACUUUUUUUAUAUCCCGUGGCGGCGGUAAGCGGAUCUCUGAGAGUGGAAAUAUAGGGGAACUUCAGAAUUUGUGGGAAGAAGCCCUUGGCCUCGCACCAGGCUCUGUUGGCACUGAAGACAGCUUCUUCGGGCUCGGAGGCGACUCUUUCUCAGCUAUGAAACUCGUCGGUGCUGCGCAUUCUCAUGGAAUCUCGCUGACAGUUGCCAAUAUUUAUGCUAACCCGUUCUUGAUGGACAUGGCAAAAUGUUGUGGACACGCAACGACGAUCACUGAGUCGACGGUACAGCCCUUCAGUAUGUUGCCUAAACCGGGUAGACUUGAAGAGAUAAUGGCAGAGGUCUGUGAUCAAUGUUGUGUAUCGAAGGACAUGAUAUCCGACGUCUACCCUUGUAGCCCUGUGCAAGAGGGGGUUGUUACACUGUCCAUCAAGCAGAAGGGGGCCUAUAUUGCUCAACCAGUGUUUCAGCUUGCGGCAAAUCUGGACAUCGAGAGAUUCAAGGCUUCCUGGCAGCAGGUUGUGGGUGAAUUGGAUAUCCUGAGAACACGUAUCGUGUACACCGACUCUAUGGGAUUUCUCCAAGCAGUUCUCGAUAAAGACCCAAUAACCUGGACCAUUACAACCACAGUCGAUGAAGCGAUGGAUGGUUUCUGUGGCUUAUCAACCUACAAUGGACAGCAACUGGCAAAAUAUGCUAUUGUCCAAUCUGAGACAAACUCUGUGCCUUAUUUUGUCUGGACGAUACACCAUGCACUGUACGAUGGAUGGAGUAUAUCUCUGAUCCUCCGCAGGGUAGAGGAGAUCUACUCGAAAUCCUCUCCACAAAAACCAACACUUCCUUACAAGAAUUUCGUAAGUUACCUCCAGGAGAGGGACAUGUCCAACUCGGAUGAUUUUUGGAAACAUCAACUUUCAAAUAUCUCUUGUUCCCCGUUCCCCCAAAAGAAGUCAACCUCUCCAGAUUCUGUGCGGGUAGGAAAUCGACACCACAGUGACAUCAGCAUCCCUCGAAUUCAAAAUAAUUUGGGGUUAACUUUGCCCGAACUCCUCCGUGCUGCGUGGGCUAUCGUGGUGUCUGCACAUACAAGUUCCAGCGAUGUCUGUUUCGGCGAGACACUGAUGGGAAGAAAUAUCAGCCUUCCUGGGGUUACAUAUAUUGCAGGACCGGCCCUUACAACAGUCCCUACACGCAUACAGGUUGAGAAUGAUAUGUCGGUUGUUCAGUAUCUGCAAAAUGUAAGGGAGUUGACCACAACGACCAUUACACAUCAGCAUGCCGGAUUGCAACAUAUUCAAAAGCUCAGUAGCGAUGCAUCUGUUGCCUGUGAUUUCCAAAACCUACUGGUGAUACAGAUAGACGAAGGGGCCCUUGAUAGGGGUAUAUGGACUCCCAGAGAUAGUGAAACCAGCGGGGAUUUCUUCACCCACCCACUCACUGUCGAAUGUAAAACCAGAGGCCUAACUCUGGGAAUAACUCUACAUCACGAUGAAGUUGUUUUGGACAGUUGGCUGGCUGAAAGACUAAUCCAUCAGUUUGGUGUUGUUCUCGGACAGUUGCUUGCAAUUUCCAAUGAUGACCUACGUAAAAUAGGCGAUCUAGAUUUAAUCAGUGAUUUCGACAGAAAAGAAAUCUCACUGUGGAAUCAUGAGAAUCCAACCCAUGUUGAGAGAUGCGUCCACGAUAUCAUUCAGGAAAAGUGUUUGCUUCAGCCCAAGGCCUCGGCUGUUUAUUCCUGGGAUGGUGAGCUCUCAUACAAAGAGCUGAAUAAACUUGCCUCAUCUUUUGCUGCAUAUCUACAUUCUCAUAAAGUUGGCCCUGAAACACUCGUACCUAUUUGCAUGGACAGGUCUCUUUGGGUGGUAGUCUCUAUACUUGGUGUUCUCAUCGCUGGCGGAGCAUAUCUUCCACUGGAUCCUUCCCAUCCAGUAUCCAGACACAGUGAGAUCAUUACAGAAGUUGGCGCUCGGGUCAUUCUUUGCUCACCCCAGUAUCGUAAUCGAUAUUCUGGGUCCGUCAAUACAGUCAUUCCUGUCAGCAAGGAAACCAUAAGAGCGUACGGUUCUAUGAGCGAAAGGCCCAAACAUCGUCAGGCUGCGACUCCCUCCAAUAUGGCGGUUUCAAUUUUCACUUCGGGCAGCACAGGACGUCCCAAGGGCAUUAUCCUAGACCACCAGGCGCUUGCAAGUAGCGGGAUGGCUUUUGGUUCUAUGGUAUAUCUAAAUCAAAAUACUCGGGCGUUCCAGUUUGCAUCUCUUGCAUUUGAUGCGGCGAUCAUGGAAAUACUUGUCACGCUGAUGCAUGGAGGGUGUGUAUGCAUUCCCAGUGAGGACGAGCGUUUGAAUGAUGUCGUCGGUGCAAUUCAACGAAUGAGUGUCUCAUGGACUUUCUUGACACCCUCUAUAGCAAGCAUCAUUGAGCCUUCGGCAGUUCCAUCCCUAGAGGUUCUUGUCUGCGGUGGAGAAAAGCUGUCACGAGAGGUGAUAAGUAAAUGGGCCAACCGGGUGAAGUUAAUGAAUGGAUACGGCCCAACAGAGACAACCAUCUUCGCGGUGGUGAACAGGGAGGUUUACCCGAAUUCUGAUCCUUCUUGCAUUGGGCACGGAAUACCUUGCACGUUGACAUGGGUCGUCGACUCUGAAAACCAUGAUCGACUCUCUCCACUAGGGGCAGUUGGAGAGUUGGUUUUAGAGGGCCCCGCUCUUGCAAGAGAGUAUCUCAAGAACCCUCAGCGAACAGCUGAGGCUUUCGUAGAAGAGCCGGCUUGGAUAAAGAGUUUCGACCAUCCCCUACCUUCCCCAAGGAGGAUAUUUAAAACAGGGGAUCUUGUCAAAUACAACCCCGACGGAUCUAUCGUGUGUAUUGGUCGCAAGGAUCAUCAAGUUAAACUUCAUGGCCAGCGCAUGGAGCUUGGAGAAAUAGAGCAUCGGCUGCACGAGGACCCUCAAGUGCGUCACGCCGUGGUGGUAAUGCCAAAAACCGGUCUCCUUAGGAACCGACUAGUCACAAUCUUAUCUCUAGAGUUGCUGAAUGGUGAUAAGAGAAUCAUGUCAUGUGAAACUUGCGAGCUUGUUGACCAGGACGCCAUGGAAUGUGUGUUGCCGAACCUGGUUGAGAUCCAAAAAAAUCUCAAGACGCAUCUACCCAUAUACAUGGUACCUCAGACAUGGGCUGUAUUAGAGAAACUCCCCAUGCUUGUCUCCGGAAAACUGGACAGAAAAAAGAUCUCAAAUUGGGUUGAGAAGGUCGACGAACCCACCUACGCUCGGAUAAUGCAAGAUUUUGACGGCAUAAAGAGAGGAGACAUUGAGCACAAAGACGACAGCCAGGGGACCGUUAUAAAUGUUCUCUGCGAGAUUCUUACUCAGGUGCUUAACAUUCCAUCUCGCAAGAUAAGCCUAGAGAGGUCGUUUGUAAGCCUAGGAGGUGACAGUAUCACUGGAAUGGCCGUUAUUUCCAAGGCCCGUAAGAAUGGUAUUCAGUUAUCCUUACACAAUGUGUUGCAGAGCAAGUCUAUAGCCGAGCUCGCUGUACUGUCUGGAACAGAUAGCAAAACCAUCCUACAUGAAGAAAAGUCCGGCGAGUCAUUUAGCCUGUCACCCAUCCAAAAACUAUACUUCGAGCCUGCGAAUAUGUUCCAUGGUAAUGCACACUUCAAUCAGAGUGUCACAGUUCGCAUUACUCGAAGAAUACGUCCUGAAAUUUUGGGACGAGCUGUUAGGGCUAUUAUUGAUCGGCAUUCGAUGUUCAGGACACUAUUCACUGGGACACAAGAUGGGGGUUGGCGGCAAAAAACCAAGGAUGAUGUCCAUUCCUCUUAUCGGUUUCACGUCCAUGUGGUGGACAGCCUAAUUGCGGUGUACCCCAAAAUGGCAGAAAGUCAACAGAGUCUAAAUAUCUGGGACGGUCCAAUCUUUGCUGCUGAUUUAUUUGAGGUCCAUGAUAGUCAGCAAAUACUGUUCCUCGUUGCCAGCCACCUCUGUGUGGAUAUGGUGUCAUGGCGUAUCGUCUUGCAGGACAUGGAAGAGUUUAUCGAAACCGGACUCCUUUCAUCCGAGAAACCAUUGUCAUUCCAGAGUUGGUGUGAGAUCCAGACGAAGAGUAGCACGACUGAAGACACCAGUAUCCAUCUGCCUUUCUCUAUCGGGCUGCCAGACCUAGCCUACUGGGGGAUGGAGAAUACACCAAACGUUUACGGCGACGUCAAGAUGGAAACAUUUACGCUAGGCGAGGAUACCACUGCUUUUGUUCUUGGACAUUGCCAUCACGUCCUUCGGGCUGAGGCCGUAGAUGUUGUGCUUUCGACAGUCAUCCAUUCCUUCCGCCAAGUUUUCACUGGCCGAGAGACCCCGACAAUAUACAACGAAGGACAUGGCCGUGACUCUGGGGAUCCCAAUAUCGAUCUUUCAAGAACGGUCGGCUGGUUCACUACAAUAUGCCCAUUGCGUGUCAGUAAAGGUUCAGACAUAAUGGAGACUCUAAAAUAUGUUAAGGACACAAGACGCCAAAUGAACGAUUAUGGACAGGCUUAUUUCACCCAGAGUGUGCUUCAUCAAGGAGAAAAUAAACGGUCCAAGGACUUCCAGGUACCAUUCGAAAUUAUUUUCAACUAUCUCGGGCAACUUCAGCAACUUGAACGAGACGACGCCUUAUUCCAGCACUUUGGAAACGUUUUCAACUGCGAGAAGAUGGAAUUGGCUGGGGACAUGGGGCCACAGACACCUCGAUUUGCCCUCUUGGAGGUGUCAGCAAUCGUUGUCAAGGGAAAGAUUCAUGUUUCAUUCACGUACAAUCAGCAGAUGAAACACAAGGCUGAGAUUAUAGACUGGGCUUCAGAGUGCAAGCGAAUACUGGAGGAAGAUUUCCUUUAUUUCAAAGACUACGUGCCCGAGCCUACUCUCAGCGAUUAUCCUUUGCUCCCUACCACAUACGAUGGGCUGCGCAGCUUUGUCAAAGACACACUUCCCGGCGCGGGAGUCAAAGAUUGGGACUCCGUUGAAGAUGUCUAUCCCUGCUCUCCUAUCCAGGAGGGUAUUCUUUUGAGUCAACUUCGUGAUCCGAACCGGUAUAUGUUUUACGCAAUCUUUGAGGUGCAACAUUAUAAUGAAGGUAGCAUGAUAGAUCCAACAAGGCUCCGAAAGGCAUGGUCAAUGGUUGUCAGUCGUCACCCGGUUCUGAGAACACUGUUCAUUGACAGCAAUCAUAAGGGAGGAGCUUUCGAUCAAGUGGUCGUAAAAACACCGAACGCUAAGGUUAUUGAGGUCCGGUGUGACAAUGCCCUCGCAUUCGAGAGACUUGAAAACAUCAAACUCCAGGAUAUCAACGCCAAUAGACCCUCAAAGUUCCCCCAACAGCUGACUAUUUGUCAAACGUCUUCUGGCCGGAUCCUGGUUAAGAUUGAGAUUAAUCAUGCUAUCAUUGACGGUAGAUCGAUCGACAUUCUCUUAAAAGAUGUAGCACUAGCGUACGACAGCCGACUCGUUUCAGGACCAGGGCCUCGCUUCAGCGAAUAUAUCAAAUAUGUUCAGACGCAAGAUCAAAACACAGCCUUGGCGUACUGGAUAAAUUAUCUAUCCGGGGUACAUCCAUGCCACCUAUCAUUCUCUUCUGUAGCAGGUGAUCGCCAGCUGGGUUCCCUCAUGAUGAAUUUCGACCGCUUCCUCGAAUUACAGCAGUUCUGCGAAAAGAACUCGGUCACCCUUGCGACUCUAACACUCUCUGCCUGGGCAAUUGUCCUUCGGAGAUUCACGGGAUCCGAUGAUGUUUGUUUCGGUUAUCCGUCUGCUGGCCGUGAUUCACCGGUCCCUGGAAUUCAGGAGGCGGUUGGAAUUUUCAUCAACAUGUUGUGCUGCCGAGUCAAGUUUGCUGCCAACCAUACUCUGUUCGAUGUUUCUAAGAUGGUCCAGGACAAUCACAUCAAAAGUAUUCCACAUCAGAGCUGUUCCCUUGCGAAGAUUCAACAUGAGAUUGGUCGUCAAGGACAGAUGCUUUUCAACACCACUAUCUCAAUACAGAACCGCUCGCUGUCAAAACACACCAGUAAUGAUCUGAUCUCACUGCUCCCCCAAAGAGUCCAUGAUCCAACCGAGUAUCCUGUGACACUAAAUGUUGAGACCGCUAGGGGCCAAGAAGGGAUCUUACUGAGAUUCUGGACCGACACCGUAUCCGAGAGUCAAGCAAAGGACUUGGCCGACUCGAUAGCUCAGGUGUUUGCAUGCUUUGUCGAAGGACCGUCUACAUUAGUUUCCGAUUUGCCUCUUUGCCAGCUACCAAAGGACUCCCCUCCCACAGGGGUACAAAUGCCUGACCACGACCAUUUGCAAAGCCUGAUCGAUAGGCGUGUCGAUGAAGUCAUCAACCAAAUGAUGAAUGAACGGAAACUAAUACUCAUCAAAGCCCAUGACCAAGAUAAAACCCAGUUAAACGAACAUCAGAUUAAAUUACCUGACACCGCAUACCAAGCAGCAGAAACACGCAAAAUGGCACUUUCAGACUCGUUACCAACCCUAACCGGCGAAAAAGAGCCCACGGACCUUGAGGAUCAACUUUACAGACUCUGGAACACAGCCCUGAGUCUGCCAGAGAGCACGGUCCGACACCAAGAUAGCUUUUUCAAGUUGGGUGGCGACAGCAUAACGGCCAUGAAGAUGGUUGGUGCUGCCCGAGAGGAGGGAUUGAAAUUGACUGUAGCGGAUGUUUUCAACAGUCCCAUAUUCGAAGACAUGCUGGCUAUCCUCAGUGCCAAAAGCAGUCCUUCAUCGCAUAGCGCUGGCACACCACCCAUGACGCCAGAGAAUGAGAAAGAGACCGAGACUCCUGUGGUUCUUUCCAGGCCAGUUUCACCCGAGGUAACUGUCCUGAGGCCGACGGAGCUCGAUAACACUUCUCUGCAAGCCAGAAUAUUCCCGAAGAUCGGUGUAUUCAGAGGCGGAAUCGCCGACGUUCUUCCAGUGACCAACUUCCAAGCCCUAUCUCUUACCGCAAGUCUUUUCAAAUCAAGGUGGAUGCUGAACUACUUCUUCCUUGAUGGCAACGGGCCAUUAGACAUCCGACGAAUCCGAGAAAGCUUUUUGAGGGUCGUCGAUGUGUUUGAUAUCCUGCGUACCGUAUUCGUGUGCUUCCAUGGUCAAUUUUUCCAGGUAGUGUUGAGGAAGAUACGUCCGGAGAUCUUUGUCUGUGAAACAGAGGAGAGUUUGGAUGCGUAUACUGGAUCCCUGCAGCAACAAGAUCGGGCCCAAGUCCCACGGCAAGGUGAACAGUAUGUGCAGUUCUAUAUUGUGAAGAAGAAGACGAGCGAUCAGCACCGUAUCCUGAUAAGAAUGUCCCAUGCCCAGUUCGAUGGUGUAUGCCUUCCACGGAUCAUGUCCGCCAUCAAGAUGGGGUAUGAAGGGAGCCCAAUUCCCCCCAAUGCGUCGUCCUUCUCAAACUACAUGAGGAUGCUCCCUGCCUCGAUCACGCCUGAGCACUAUCGGCAUUGGAAGAAGUUGCUCAAGGGAUCCCAAAUGACGCAGGUUAUUCGGCGGGAAGGCCCGAACACUUUCCAGUACAUCGGUGCCUUCACUGAGCAGAAAAGAACCGUCAGUUUUCCCCCAACUGUCCUUGAGAACGUAACAAUUGCAACUGUCAUGCAAUCUGCAUGGGCUUUGACAUUGGCGAAGCUUUGCGCCCAUGAAGAUAUUGUCUUCGGCCUCACUAUCAGCGGUAGAAAUGCCACCAUCCCCGGCAUCGAAGCCACCGUUGGGCCAUGUCUCAAUAUAAUUCCUGUCCGCGUGAAAUUCGGAGAGCACUGGACUGGGCUGGAUCUCUUCCGUUACCUCCAGGAUCAGCAGGUCGCCAACAUGCCUUUUGAGUCUCUGGGCUUCAGGGACAUCAUUCGACACUGUACGGAUUGGCCCAGCUCCGUAUACUUCACGACUUCAGUCUUCCAUCAGAACGUCGAAUACGAGGGUCAGAUGCAGCUGGAUGGUAACACUUACAGAAUGGGAGGUGUCGGCGCCAUCGACAAUUUCACCGACCUUACCCUGUUCUCCAAAGCGUUCCCUAACCAGCAGAAACUUGAAAUCUCACUUGGGUACUCCCAGAAAGGGCCUAUCGGUCCGGCACUUGCCGCCCAGGUCCUCGAAAUGGUCUGCGAGACCGUAAAAAGUCUCAUUGCCAAUCCCAGCAUCCCUCUGCCAUCGCCCUUGACUCUCUGCUCUCUUCCCUGCCAGGUCGUCAGGGACCUGCCCCGAUCCUCCGACGAGGUAUUCCUCUCCUCGCACCUCAACAGCCGAAGCAUAUCAGAUAUUCUGGUCCACUCGGACAUUCUCAGCCAGAUCUGGCGACAGGUGCUUUCCAAAAAUCGCACCAGAGGCGAAUCCGACAGCUCUCCGUGUCCUUACCAACUGAAUUCCUCCUUCUUUGACCUGGGAGGCGAUAUCCUCGGCAUGGCGCAAGUUGUCUGGCUACUGGAGCAGGAGAGUCUACAAGUGCGAUUGGAGGAUCUUCUCGAACAUCCCACUUUCUUGGGCCAGCUGGCCGUCCUGGCUCUUCACAAUGCCAGCCCUGAUACUAGAGUCCACACUCCGGCGGAAGCGGAAGUCGACGAGGUACCGACUACACUGACAUCGUCCAAGGCACUCUCAAAGAAGUCGAGUUGGAGUCCAUUACGCAAGGCCGUUACUUUGGCCAGACGGUUCACGAAAUGGGGCUCAGUCUAA